GACUGCCCUUCCAUUGGUUCCCGAUCUCCUGGUCACAAUGGAUCCCACGGUGGAAAUACAUCAUCAGCUCAGCAUCGUGGAGGUCCGGGCUCGUCUCGCCAUGCAUAUGCCACUCAACCAGCUCCGAACAGCGAAGGGAUGAUGGUCACACCGGCUGCUCUUGAGUAGCUUGUUAACAAGGCCAUCAGUUCAACCUUUGCUAGUCUUCAGGCAUCGGGUAAGCUUCCACGUUGGAUUUUGGACUCUGCUUGUUUUAAUCAUAUGACAAAUCAUCGUGAUGCCUUGAAAAAUAUAGUACUUGUCAAUGAUAUUUCCCUCCAAGUUGCUGAUGGCUCUCGAAUACCAGUUUCGGGCAGGGGUUCGGUUAAUGAUUGUGAUGUGACCUUGCCUGACACCUUUUAUGUUCCUAAACGUGUUCCUAGUUUAGUCUCGGUGGGCCAGUUAACUGAACGAGGUUGUCGUGUUGUGUUUGCACCUUUUGGUUGUUCUGUACAAAAUCUGAAGACGGGGCGGGAGAUAGGCAAGGGUAGUAAACAAGGGCGACUAUUUUAUCUUGAGAAGCUUGAAGCAUCCUCAAUGUCUCCGGUGUCUCCAUCUUGUUCCGUAUCUUCGGUGUCUAGGGUUCCUUCUAUGCUGUCGAGUCCUGGUAUUAGGAAUUUUAAGUUGUGGCAUGAUCGCCUUGGCCACCCCAACUCUGUUUGUCUCGUUACUAUGUUUAAACAGAAAUUAUUUGGUAAUAAAGUAGCUCAUUCCUUGGAUUUUUCGUGCACUAGUUGUGUGGAAGCCAAAGCUACCAGUAUUUCCUUUCCCUCGAGUCUUACUACUAUUACCGAACCGUUUCACCUGAUUCAUACAGAUCUUUGGGGUCCUAGUCCCACUAUCUCUCGUCUUGGCUACAAAUACUUUGCCUUGUUCAUGGACCAUGCCACUCGAUAUACCUGGGUCUAUUUCUUGCGUCUCAAGUCUGAACUCUUGUCCAUUGCUACAGAAUUCCUCAAAAUGAUCCAGACACAGUUUAAUAGAACAAUUCGUGUAGUCCGCUCCGAUCCUGGUGGGGAAUUCAGUUCCACUCCCCUUCUUCAGUUGUAUCGCUCCCUCGGUAUUCUAACCCAAAAAUCCCGUCCUGGUGUUUCUCAACAAAAUGGUCUUGUCAAGCGUAAAAAUAGACAUGUCGUUGAAGUUACUAGGGCUCUCUUAUUGGCUUCUCGUGCCCCUUCUUCUUUUUGGCCUGAAACCGUGUCCACUGCUGUUCGGUUGAUCAAUUAUCAAAUUACCCCAGUUUUAGGCCAAGAGAGUCCCUAUUUUCGGCUGUUUGGUCACCAUCCUCCAUAUUCGCGUCUUCGGGUUUUUGGUUGUCUAUGUUUCGUCCUUCUUCCCAGGUCUGAACGUACUAAACUUACGUCUAAAACAGCUCGUUGCAUGUUCCUAGGGUAUAGCGACAUUCAUAAGGGAUACUUGUGCUAUGACCCUGCUCUUCGUCGGAUUCGUACCGCAUGCAACGUAGUGUUCUUUGAGAAUUUGAUGUUUUAUUCCUCUUCGUCGUCUGAGUCUCCUCCUCUAUUUGCCUCCACCUUGAGUCUUCCCUCGUUCCCUGAUGAUGUUGAUGUUGAUGAUGCUAAUGAUGGCCUCGACCCGGACUCUCCGCCUAGCCCGCUCACUCCCUUGACGGAUGCCUCCUCUCCCGCCCCCUCGACACCACCAUCGUCUCUGGAGUCUUCCCCGUCAUCAUCUCCAGCUCCGGUCAUCCCUCCUCGGCGCUCGCUACGGGCUAACUUGGGCCAGCCGCCUACCUAUCUUAAUGACUAUGCCACUUUUCAGGUUGAUCCCGUUAUUGUACCUACCAGCUAUGCUCAGGCUCGUGGGGAUCCGAGAUGGGAAAGUGCAAGUCAUCAUUUGUUUCUUUAGCAUCUAACUCCAUCUUUUUUAGAUCAUCGCUAGACCAUGUGUUGGGAUCAUCUUUGAUAUCACCCAUACCAUUCUCAACUACAUUCCAAACGUCAAAACCCAUCCCUUUAAAGAAAACAAUCAUACGUGUUUUCCAAAAGGAAUAACUAUAUCCAUCAAACCAUGGUGGUCUAACAUAUGAAAGACCCUCCAUAUGAGUAGAAUUAGAACCAUGAUUUGUAGAUGACCCACUAGCCAUGCUUGGUAUAUCGGAUCUCAGUUUCCUCGCAGAUCUUUUGAUCUUUUUGAGGGAGUCGGGAUCUAAUACCACUUGUUAGACCAAGCUAGAUCAAUAAUGGAUACUUUUGACG